CGUAGCGAUGAGCAAGCAGAGGCUGCAGCUCCCGAGGAAAAGCGGGCCUCGUGCCGCUGGUUGGCUGGCAGACAGCCGCCGCUGUUACUCAGACGCCGGCUCGGGCGUGGGGCUGCUGCUGUCUGCAGCCAAACGCUGCUCUGCUCCGCUCCAGCUGCUCUGCCGAGCGAGCCAAUGAUCGCUCGCCUACCAGCGCCAGAGGAAAGCCGGGAGGAAGCGCUGCCGGGCGGGCGGACGAUGCGGCUCCACUUUUGGUGGCGGGCAUGAGCCCCUUAGAGAGCUCAAAAUGUCUUUCAAGAAGGAGACACCACUUGCAAAUGCUGCAUUCUGGGCUGCAAGGAAAGGAAACUUGGCACUGCUUCAGCUGUUGUUCAAUAGUGGGCGUGUCGACGUGGACUGCAAAGAUAGUCUUGGUUCAACAGCCCUUAUGGUAGCAUCAUACUAUGGCCACAAAGAAUGUGUGCGAGAACUGGUGCUGCAAGGAGCCGAUAUUAAUCUUCAGAGAGAGACCGGUGCCACUGCCCUAUUCUUUGCUGCACAACAAGGCCACAAUGAUAUAGUGAAGUUACUCUUUGAAUAUGGAGCUUCCACAGAAUUCAAAACCAAAGAUGGUGGUACAGCUUUGUUAGCUGCUUGUCAAUAUGGGCACAUGAGAGUGGUGGAAACCUUACUAAAGCAUGGGGCCAACAUACAUGAUCAGCUUUAUGAUGGAGCUACUACACUUUUCCUGGCUGCUCAAGGAGGCUAUCUGGAUUUAAUUCGGUUAUUACUAUCUUCAGGAGCAAAGGUCAACCAGCCAAGGCAGGACGGGACAGCUCCGUUGUGGAUAGCCUCUCAGAUGGGACACAGUGAGGUAGUGCGAGUCAUGCUGCUCCGAGGAGCAGAUCGAGAUGCUGCAAGGCAUGAUGGCACAACUGCUUUACUUAAAGCUGCGACCAAAGGAUAUAAUGAUGUUUUAGAGGAAUUACUUAAAUUCUCCCCUGCACUUGGCUUACUGAAGAAUGGGACAUCUGCCCUUCAUGCAGCAGUUCUUGGCGGCAAUAUUAGAGCAGUAGCAUCACUCUUAGAAGCAGGAGCAGAUCCACUCCUUAAAAACAAGAAAAAUGAAUUGCCUUCAGAUCUGACAAAAAACGAGCGCAUCCUACGUCUCCUGCAAUCUAGAGCAAAGCACAGGAAGAAUUAAUGUCACUUGACAUCGUGAGAGAGCUGAUGAAUCCUGUCCAUACUAGUCCUCAAAGCUCGUAUUCCUGUAGAACUGGAAACGUGUUGUUGAGAUUCAAGCAUUUCCUGCUCCUUACUCUGUGAAUGAGGUCAGGAUCCUUCAUGGAGUGGUACAGCUAAGACCUAUUAAGCCACUAGGCAUACCAGGUUUUAGUUGCUGGCUUUGGGGUAGGGAAGACUGGGUCCACAAUAUAGCUUUCCUAAAAAGCAGCUCUUAUUGUACUAGAAAAAGACCCUCUUUGCUUUAGUAUAUUAUAUUCCUUGAAGUAAAUCUCCUAAUCCUUCUCCAGUAUUAUAUAGGCCUUCCCAGUGAUGAGGCUGUAAUAAGCAUUAACGCAGGUCUGGAAAUCCUAUAGCUCUCCUGUUGCUGCUGAACUAGACCUCACAGCAGCCAGGAAGAAAUUAUGAGGGGUGCUGGGAAUUACAAUUCUUUAACGUCUUGAAGGUCACACAUUAACCCACAUUUGUUCUAACCAUUUUUAAAAAGAAUAUGUUGCCUAGGCUCUAUUUACUGUCGGCCACUCUAGAUCUUGAGAUACACAAGUGCCUCCCAAUAGGUUAGCUUCCUAUAAUGUGUUUGGCUUCCUUGCAGUGAUUAUUCCAACUACCCUUUUCUCCUCAGUGAUACUCUGAAGGUUCGCAAUAAAAAUGAGGUAUAGAUGGUUAUAAUAUGCCUUUGCUUAGGCAUACCAUUGCUGAAUUGCUGUAUAUAGUAGCAUUACUGAGUUUCACUCUGUAUAUUUUAUUAUUGUUAUCCUCACAGAGACCUCUAUGCAGAUUUCUUAUUACUUAUGUAAUUCUGUUUUCCAUGCAUUUAUUUCAAUUAAGGCCUGUGUAAAUCACCACUCAUAAUAUUUUUCCUGGAUGGAUUACAAUGCAAAUUCAUGUUUUUCAUAUCUAGGAAAAGCAAAAUUUACUGAUUGCAUUUUGUCACACAUUUUGUGUGUUACAUCAAUGGACACCGCAGAGCUUUUGAAAAUGCACUGAAUGUGAGGAUAUGUUCAUCUGAAUACUUUUAUAGAGACUGUUACAGACACACCAUUACCAUGCUUAUUUUCUGUUUCAAGAAUCCUGGCCAAGUAUGUUACAGCAUCUUACCUAUUUAAAUUAGUUUGGAAUGUGAUGCUUUUAACCAUAGUGAUUUUUUGAAUAAUUUACUUCUUUCAUGUUUCCUUCUCUGGACAUUUAGACUAACAAACUAAUACACCUUAUUUUCUAUUUAUUUUCUGUUCAGUUAUAACUACAAUAUAUUCCAUGGAUUUGUCCUCUUCAUCCAGAUAUUUUACUAUGCCCACCAUCUUUGUACUCUGUUUUAGCGCUAAGCAUUCCAGCUUCUUUGGUUUAGACAUAUCUAGUACAAUGGUAUUAGCAUAUAUAAACUUCUCUACAUGGUGUAGACUUUUCUAAUGUUGUUUUUUGUAUAGUUUUCUCUAUGAUUCAUUAAUAUACGUAAUGGUAUGUGGGAAAGACCUUGGGAGAUAGGGCAAAGAGAUGCUGCCUAGGGAACAGUCAGAUAAGAGACAGGAUAGGCCGCACCUGCAUAAUGGGCACGGAAGUGGCUCAGAAGGAACCUUCCCUAGUUUUGCAGGCUGUAAAGGAGAAGGCGGGAAAACUGUACUUUCAGACUUGCAAGAUUAAUGUCAGCCUUACCAUAUAGACCAGAGAGGAAACACAACCAGAUAAACUAAUUCUACUUUAUUGUAAAGCUAUAUUAACAGAAUCUUGCAAGUCUGAAAGAUCUUGCAAGUCUGAAAGAUGAAACAUACCAUUACAAUAUAUACAUGCACGGGCAAGUUCUGCCUUAUUCCCAUUUCACAACAACACUUUUAACUUAAGGGAUAUCUUCAUGCUUUAGAGCUUCUUCACGUCUUCCCCCAGAAAUAAGUUUUCAAGCUGUUCUCUUUAUGCUAAUACAGAUUAAUGGUGGGAUUCAUUUCAUUGUUGUUCAAGCAUAGUCCAACGUUUUCCUACAAAUGUGAAAAAUUCCAAAUAUUCUCCAAAACCUGGCAAUCAAAUUUUUCCUCUAAACAUCAUUUUGUCCAUAUCUGGGUAUAUUCCACAUGGAAACCUGAAAUUUAUGACGCACAAUCAUGGAACUCUAACUAGCAAACUUUUUUUCCUAACCAGAAUCUCAUAAAUACAUAUAUUUCCAGCAGUCCUCUUGCCAACUUUUUCAAUGGUGCUGAGACAGCUAUGCACUACUCAUCAGUAAUAAGUGGCAAAAAAGAUUUUGCAACUACCAUUCCUUUGCAGGGUGAGGCUUUUCCAUGUUCGUACAACCUUUGUCAUUCAGUCUUUUUUAUUACUAUUACAGGAAUAACUUUGGAUUGUCAAUUAUUGCAGUUGUAAUAAUUCAAUCCAUAGAAGUAAAACAGCAGAUAAUGAAUUUAACUUGCAUAAUGAGAAAUGAGUAAAUUGAAACAAUUUUGAGUUAUUCCCAAUUCCAUUUAUUUCAGUGGGUCUACUCGUAAGUAUGUAUCCUAUCCGCCAUAAGCCAUAUCAAUACACAUUGAUUUUUUUUACUGCCUCCCUCUAAAAUAAAGCAAACUAUAUGACUUUAGUAACAUAGUUCAUAACACAUAAAACUUUAAAAUCUAUCUGUAUAUGAAACAGAAAACCUUUUUUCUUCAUUAUAAUUUAUUUUGGUUUAAUUCCCCACAAGCUGUUGGCUUCAGUUAUAUUGUAAUACACUUCAUAUAUUGUAAUAUACUCUUUAAGUGCCAUCACCUACUGAGCUGGGCAGAAAUAGUAGAGUUCGGGGUGGAUUUUUGGGGCAGAUGUCUAGGGCCCUGCUUGGCAUAAUGAGGAUAGUUUCCAAAUGAGUCUUCUGCUAUGUGGGGCUUUUGUUUUUUUCAAAGUCAAAAAAAUAUGGAUGUAUAGAUGACUAUGCUGUGAGUGAACUAAAUACUACUACCUAAAGAACACUUUUCCCUGUAAUUAAGCUCCAGUAAAAUCAUUAGGGCCAAAGACUAAUUUCUUAACUUCUGCAUCACUGAGCAGAAGUACUAAAAAAAGUCACUAAAUAACCAAGUACUUAUCUUCCAUGAUGUCCAUGUCUCCACAACAUAUCUUAGCCAUAAAAUACCACUGUACAGUUAUGAUAAACGAUGCGUUUAUUGUUUAGUAUUUAUCAACCCUUUGUGUAUUGGUUGUAUUCCAUUAACUGAAGAUCAGAAUUAUAGGCCAUUGGUCCCACUGAACAUAUACAACACCAAUUAAGUAGGAUCAUUAAUAUGAAUAAAAGGUGCUUUAAAAAGUC